CCUCAUACAUCCCAAUUUAGCAAACUAUCCAAUUCACACCUCUGUUUCUCUCUUGGUUGGUAUAAUACUCAAACACUACAGGUUCUCUCUCUUUUUUCUUGUCUGAAAAGAAACAGAAAAAUGGAUGCUAGUUCUAUAGACGAAAGCACAACAACUGAGUCCACUUCCAUUUCACCACCGCCGCCGCCGCCACUACCACCAACUCUCUCUCCUUUAUCUAAACCACCGGAAAGUCUCUGCCGUGUCGGCAGCGGCGCAAGUGUUGUUUUGGAUUCCGAGAGCGGAAUCGAAGCUGAGUCACGAAAACUCCCCUCCUCUAAAUACAAAGGCGUGGUCCCCCAACCGAAUGGACGCUGGGGGGCCCAGAUUUACGAGAAGCACCAGCGCGUCUGGCUGGGAACCUUCAACGAAGAGGACGAGGCCGCAAGAGCAUACGACGUCGCAGCUCAGAGAUUCCGCGGUCGUGACGCUGUAACUAACUUCAAGCUCCUAACCGAAGCUGAAGACGACGAUGUGGAGAUUGCGUUCUUGAAUUCUCAUUCCAAGGCGGAGAUCGUUGACAUGCUGCGUAAGCACACUUACAUCGACGAACUCGAGCAGAGCAAACGGAACUACGGAAUCAAUGGCAAGGGGAAUCACAGAAUUGGAGAGAAUGGAGUCGUUCCGUGGAGUUCGGAUCGCGUCCCCAAAGCGCGUGAACAGCUCUUCGAGAAGGCCGUGACGCCUAGUGACGUAGGGAAGCUUAACCGUCUCGUGAUACCGAAACAGCACGCAGAGAGGCACUUCCCCUUACAAAGCGGAAGCACAUCGAAAGGCGUGUUGCUGAAUUUCGAAGAUGUGACCGGGAAGGUAUGGAGGUUCCGGUACUCGUACUGGAACAGUAGCCAGAGCUACGUUCUGACCAAAGGUUGGAGCCGGUUCGUGAAGGAGAAGAAUCUGAAAGCCGGCGACAUUGUCAGUUUCCAGCGAUCCACUGGUCCGGAUAAUCAGCUCUACAUUGACUGGAAAGACAGGAUCGGGGCGAGUGUGUUGAACCCGGUCCGAACCGUACAGCCGGUUCAGAUGGUUCGGUUAUUUGGAGUGAACAUAUUUGAAGUGCCUGUGAGUGGGUGUGGGGGUAAAAGGGUGAGGGAGGUGGAGAUGUUGUCUUUGGAUUGUAACAAGAAACAAAGGAUGAUAGGAGCUGUGUAACAUUUUUCCCUUUCGUUUUUUAAUUUCUCUUUACUGUUUUUUUUGUGUAACUUUUGGCAUCUUUUGUGAAUGUGAGGAAAAGGUUUAGGAAGGGAGGGGAUGGAUGGCGUUGUGUAGGUGCAAGUUGCAAAAUGUGAAUUCUAAAUUACAAGACAAAAAAGCUGAAGAAAGCUUAAAUUAGAUGCAAAAGAAAUUAUAAGGAAAAAAAAGGGAGAAUGGAUAACUGUCAAUUUGUGUAGUUUCCUUGUAGUCUUGACUUUUCAAA